ACGCGUCGUGCGUAAGUCACUCCCAUUUAAAAAAAAAACAGUCAAAACGCGCGCCAUAUUCAAAUAAAACAUUCGUUCCAUUUCCAAUCCCUAGUGAUUUAAUCAUCAACAGUUUUAUUUUAUUUUAAAAUAUAUUGUGCCAGUGCGUAUUGAAAAGUAAAAGGAGGUGAAACGUUUUUAAUUUGGUAAUACGAAAACGAUGUUCUCAUAACCUGGUACCACAACAUUAAAGAUGGCCGUGCCAGCUGUGGUGGUGAAGCGCGCCUACAAGUACUAUGGACGGCAGAACAAGGCAGACUACAAGCCGGUCUUACAGUACUUGGAUAUGACAGUUGAAAAGGGCAUUAUAUAUGGUCUCCUUGGAGCAUCUGGCUGUGGAAAAACGACAUUACUAUCAUGUAUUGUUGGUAGACGGAAACUUGACAGCGGAGAAGUGUGGGUACUCGGUGGUAAACCAGGAGAAAAAGGGAGUGGUGUUCCUGGACCAAGAGUUGGAUACAUGCCUCAGGACAUUGCCCUCGUUGGCGAGUUUACUGUCCGUGACGCCGUUUUCUACUUCGGAAGAAUAUAUGGUAUGAAGGCGCAGAAGCUAGCAGAACAGUUUGAAUUUCUCUUGAAUCUUCUAGAUUUGCCUAGUGGCAGUCGACUUAUAAAGUCAUUGUCUGGAGGACAGCAAAGAAGAGUUUCACUGGCUGCCGCGUUGGUUCAUGAUCCUGAAUUAUUGAUAUUAGAUGAACCGACAGUAGGGCUGGACCCUGUCUUAAGAGAACGAAUCUGGGAGUACCUGGCUGGACUGGCCAGGGGAGGCACGACGGUUAUAAUAACGACGCAUUACAUCGACGAGACGAAACAGGCUCAUAAGAUUGGUCUACUCCGAGACGGUCAGCUAUUGGAUGAAGAUUCUCCGGAUGAAAUCCUUCGUAAAUACGACUGUGAUACGCUCGAAGACGCCUUCUUUAAAAUGGCGCUCAGGCAACACGAAACAUCACACAGACGGAGAUCGACUCUCACGACUUCGCCUGACGUGAUACCAGAAAGCAGUAUAGUAAAUGAUAGCCAUUAUCAGUCCAGAGAAGAUUUUAAUAUAGUCACGAGCAGUACAGAUAUAUUAACAAGCAAAGAGAAAGAAUACAAAAAGAAUAUGUCAAAAGGUCGAUAUAAAGCCGUUUUUAUAAAAUGUAUACAACAGUUCUCGAGACAUCCAGGGGGUCUUAUAUUCGCGGUGUGUUUCCCAAUCAUACAAGUGGUUGCAUUCUUCCUUGCGGUGGGACACGACCCCAUAGAUCUACAUUUAGCUGUUGUCAACGAUGAAGCCGCAUUCUCACCAUUUGGAUUAGAUAUUUGUAAAUACGGAAAUAUGACGACUGUGAUGCAGAGGGAAGACGAAUCGUGCGAACAAUACAUGCUUAGUUGCUGGUUCCUUGAAGAAAUGGAAAAGCGGAAAUUGUUUCCUACGUCAUAUGAAUCAGUGGAAGAAGCGAAGUACGCGGUGACGAAGCGGAAUUUGUACGGAGCGCUGCGUUUCCCGCGAAACUUCAGCGCCGCGCUCGCCAUCCGCGUGACGGACGGACACGCGAGCGACGACGUGGUGGACGACAGCACCGUCAGCGUGUGGCUCGACAUGAGCGAUCACCAGAUUUCGAACUUCGUGAAGAUGCAAAUCCACAAAGCGUACGAAUCGUUCGCGAGGCGGUCCAUGCGAGCCUGUGGGAAAAAUGAAGAACUCGUGCAAAUCCCUGUCAGAUUCGAAGAGCCAGUUUACGGCACCAUGGACUCCGAGAUCGUCGCGUACAUGGCACCCGGCGUUAUGGUCACCAUAAUCUACUUCCUGGCGGCGAUCGUGACGUCGACGCUGAUGAUCUCCGACCGCCUGGAGGGCGUGUGGGAGCGCAGCGCGGUGGCCGGCGUGCUGCCCAAGGAGAUGCUGCACGUGCACAUCCUGCUGCAGUCCAGCGUCAUACUCGUGCAGACGUUCGAGAUGAUGUUGAUUGCGUUCGUGGGAUACCGCCUGCCCUCGCGUGGGUCGCUGUGGGCCUGCGGCUUGCUGUUGUUCCUGCAAGGUCUGGGCGGGAUGUGCUACGGCUUCCUGCUCUCUGUGCUCUGCUCUAGCUACACUGUAUCCUUCUUCAUCGCCACCGGCAGCUUCUACCCUAUGAUACUGUUAUGUGGAAUUCUCUGGCCUCUGGAAGGGAUGCCGAACUAUCUCCGCCUGUUCUCAUUCGCGCUUCCCUUCACUCUUCCCUCCAAGUCCCUCCGAGACCUAAUGGAGAAGGGUGCUUCUAUCACCAACCCUGACGUCUACAGCGGGUUCCUCGUCACCGUGGCGUGGAUCAUCGGUACACUUUCGUUGUGCUUUAUUCGAUUAAAAUAUAGGAAAACGUAAUUUCCUUAAGUACGGUUAAAUAUUCUUGUGCUCAACGCAAUCUUUAACACGAUUUCGAAAUUAUAAAUUUCUUUAAGCGAGUUCGAAUGUCGUUUAUAAAAACUUAAAUUUAAUAAAUCUAAACUUAAAAAUAUUAAAAUCAUCAUUGACAUAUAUUUCUAUUUUGCUAGCUAAUGUGUAUAUAAGUUUAAUAAAUAUAUAUAUAAAAAAGUCUAUAGUCUUGCCCUAUUUGGACUACUUCGGGGAGUUUAUACUUAAUUUUGACAAGUGUGACGGCGAACGGACCACUAGAUGGCGUUGUUAGCACAACUUUCGCUUCUUUGGUGAUGUUUAGGAUAAGUGAGCUCCGUUCAGAGCUCUCUCGGGUAGCUGUAAAUAGCUUAUGUUAGCUUUAUGUGGUAUCAUAGCAUUAAUACGGUUAAGUACACAUAGUUUUUAAGUUAUACGUUAUAGUGAUAUACGAAACAUUGUGAUUUUUACAAAGUGUAAAUACACUUAUUAUAUUUUAUACGUGCAUUUUGUAAAAUAAAGAUGCUCUUUGUACAAAU